CCGCCGAUCGUCUGAUUGAAGGACGACCCUGCUCUACCAUGAGUCACAGUUGCCCUCGUGGCUGCUGAACACCGCUCUCUGUGUAGUCUGUGCUAAAGCACUCAGGCGUCGUGAAGAUCCAUGCCGACACUAAAGCCGGACAUGAUGGGCAGGGAUAAGGUUCUUGAAGUGCAACUCUAUCCAUGGAGUUUGGCAGUUAGUGGGCAAAAUGCUGUUCACUGAAGGGAAAUAGAUAACAGGCAGUGUUGUGUGCCGCCUUAUAUACUGGGAGGUCUAUGCAUAUUCGGGUAGGCACGGGUAAGCACGCCCUAGACCGGCUACGCUUUUGCAGAUUUUCAAUGGGUGAAUUCGUGCUUGGGAUUGGAAGAGAGUACUACCCAUAGAGGCCAGUAGAGGAUGGAGCCUGUGUUAGUAAGAACGUGUUAAUUAAUGAGCUUCAGAUGUGUUGGUAGGUGUAUUUUUAACCUUGGAUAGAGCCAGGCUAGCUGUUUCCCUCUGCUUUCAGUCUUUAUGCUAAGCUAGGCUAACCAUUUCUAGACUCCAGCUCUGGAAUGAACACACAGACCGUUCUUAGGAUCUAUUCUUUUGGUAGAAAGUAGUUCCAAUAAAAACAAAACUUGCUCAAGAUUGGGGUGGAUGCAGAAAUCAUGCGUUACUGCCCAUUUGAUGCAUCUUGUGUAUUUGCAUUAAUGUGUUGUCAUGUGGUCUUUCGUUUGUUGUUGUUGUUAAUGUUGUUGUUGUAUUUUUUUGACUUACUGCACUUGAAAUGGCGGGCUUUUUUUUUUUUUUUACUAAUUGUGUCAUUCAAUGGUUGAAAAUAUAUUUUGAAGAGGGUUCCUUACUGAAAGCUUUCCUCAUGAAAUCAAUAAGGCACAUAUUUCAGAGUGGGGAUGCUCUCACUUAUAUGUUGAAUAUCAGCUCCAGCACCUCCAACAAGCCUUUAUCUGGUGAGCAGCGAUCUUUAUAUAUUCAACUGAAGGAAACCUCUGGGCUGUGCUCCGCUUUGCAAACAGCUACCUCCUCUGGAAGAAAAAAUGAGUGUGUGUCCUGCUCUGCAUCAUAUAUUCAUCAUUCAUAGAGAACAAUACAACCAGGUGCCCUUCAGCCAUCCCUCAGCCUGGUAUUGGUCUUAUCCAGUCAGAGUUACAGGUUCUCAUAAAUUCUGCUUCGUACUGCUUGGAGAAUAAAUAUAUUGUUGAAGACUGUAGAAGCAAUGUCCCACCUCAAACGGAGAAUUUGGAAACAGUAACAAAACACUAAUCACAAAGGGCAGAAAACUAGUGCUGCACUGGCCUCUACAGGUUCAACACAGGUUAUUGCACUCACAUGGCAAACAUUUGAUCCUGUGAUUAAACCUGUAGAGGCCACUGCAAUGCUGCCUUCCUGCUAUAUGUUUCUGAGUUGGUGUGUAACUGAAGUAUACUAUAUAAUAUACACAAAGAAACCAAGCGUUUUCUUUUAUUAAUACUAUCCUUUAUUCAUUCCACAUAUUCAGCUGCCAUGUCAAUAACGACAUUAAUAUUAUUAUACAUUUCAAUAAAUUGUAUUGUUGUAUCAGAUAUUGUUGCAACAUGUUUACAAGGGGUGUAAAUCACAAGUUUCAUCGCGAUACGAUAUAUCGAUUUUUUGUUCAGUAAUAUGAUAUUUGUUGAUAUCACACAGUCUGCCAUGAUACAAUUUCAAUUUGAUGAAAUUCAGGUGCCUGUGAUCAAUAUGACAAAAUCAUGUUUCCAUUUAACUCAGUCAGUUGCAUUUAAAUCAACUCAUGAAAAGUAACUAAAACAUGAUUUGACACUUUCAUCACUGGACGCUGUAUGAAGUAGUUUCACUCGGAUCAAAACGUGCCAUGGAGAUUUCAAAAUAAAGCCAUAUCUUAAAGAUGAUAUUGUGUAUUGAUGUUUUCACUUUGCAUGAUGAUGUUGAAUCAUUGAUCAUUGAAUUGAUAUAUCUAUCCAGAUUGAUGUAUGUUACACCCCUUAUGUUUACUGACAGCAAGAGUUAUGAAUAAGCAGAACUUUUAAAUGUUCAGAUUUUGUCCAACAACUCAUCACAAACACAUCAGUCUACUUUGAUGUCAUGUGAGACCUGUUGUCUUUGCUUAUGCUGGAUACCUCACUGUGACUCUCAAGAUGCUGCCAUAUCUUUUGUAAAAAACAACAACAACACUGACAUAGUGUCCAUGUCUGUUGUUCUGAAUUCCUGCUCACUGCCAUCUUAAUUCUGUCAAAGAGGGUGCAGUCUGGGGAAAACACCAUUGCCGACUGAUACAGGCUGAAAUACCUGUCAAUGUACCAAAAACACACUUCAAAAUUCACUUCACUUUAAAACUGCAUUAACUCAUUUUUGGCUUUCACACCUGUAGUUGAGUUCAUCUGGUCCACACCAAACAACCAAGAGAAGCUAACUUACAGUUAUACAGACUGAAAGGUAGCUCAUUGACAGGACAUUUUUAGCGAUUGUCAUCCUGCAUCAUCAGGACCAACAGUUUAUCAGUUUAUGCAGCACUCUAAUGCCUCUGGCAUACAUGCAUACUCUUUGGUGUCACAAAGAGCUCACAAGGAAUUAAGUGAUGAUAAGCAUUAUUGGUAUUAUAAGACUGCAAAUUGACAAUGUUAUGAAUAAUGACAAUAACAGGUAGACAAGACUGAACAAACGCUAGAUCAAAAGCCCUUUGCGUGCUCCCAGAUGACUGGAGCACACAGACAUAGCAUGAGGCGUCUGUGCAGUAAUGAUUCAGGGCUCACUACUGUGGAUGGCUGUCCACAUUUUUAUUGGAUGUAAUGAACCAACAGAGUACACAGUCGGUUUUGACAGCUUUUGACCCAUUACUACACGCUGACAUGUUGAUUUACAUAAAUAGGUUAUAUACCGUACAUGGUGUUAAAUACUGAUCAAUAAGGUCAAUUCCUGAACAGUUUUCACAAUCAGAAGAGGAACUGAUUAGAAGUUUAGUUAUUGAAAUCAUGCUAAUAUCACAUAUUUGCUAUUAUAAAAUCCUACGGUUGGUUCCUUUGCACACCACAAACAGACUCAAACUGUACCAGAGUCUGCUUGGAAGCAGGGAGACCCACCUUUUCAGACGGUCUUGGUUUGGUUGUUUGGUCCGCACUUGGGUUCCAUUGACAGCUUUCACACCAGCCCAAACAAACCGUACAACUGACUCAAGUUCGUUUUAUCUGUACUAAACGGAUCAGGUGUGAAAGCAAGAUGAAGCAUGUCAGCGUUGUCUUGGUAAAGGAUAUGAAAAAUGCUUUAGCCAACAGUUGGGGUGUAAUGAUAAACUGAUAUUGAUCAGAAAACGAAUGUAAGCGUCAGAAUCCCCUUUCAAACAACCUGUUUAAGGCGGGACUGAGCCGACAUUCCGCUUAACUGUUUUGUAUGAAAGGAAUGAAGGCGGAAUGGGGAGAGACAGAGUUGUCCCUCAGCUGAGACGACAGCGAGGCAGACACAGAGCCGAGCCGACAUCCAUGUGAAAAUGGAGAGCCGGCACAGUGGAAGGGCAGUGAGCAGAAGUUAACAGCUAACCAACAGUAACGGAGAAUGGCAGUGAAUUGAAAAGACAACGAGGUCUGGGAGCUCUUCACCCUCUGAGCAGAGAACCUCAACAUUCAGUUCAUCCGGCAUCAUUGUUUAGGAUGCUGGCAUUCACACUCACACAUCCAGCAGACACAGAGGCCCAAUCCCAGUGACCCCUAAGGCCUUAAACCCUGAACUCUCUGGUAAAUGGUUGAGUGUGAAAGACUGUAAGGGUUUGAAAUGGUUUUAAUACGAAUGGGAGAAUACUUUGCUGCAACAUAUCACGUUACCAUGACAACAUCAAAAAAUAUUAUGUACAAUUGUGGGUAUUUAUUUUAUACUUUUUAUUCCUUGAUUUGAACAUCUUCCUCACAAAAUGAGAGGUAAUUUAAAAUAAUGUAUUUACUUGUUUUUGGCAAAACCGCUUCAAUGACUGAAUGUAAUAUUUGAUGAAUAAAUUGGAGAAUUAUAAUCUCUGCUUCAUUCCUCUGAUUUCAUGUGAUUUUAUGUUCCAUCUUUAAUCCCAAAUGUUUUUGUGUCAACGUAAUAUUCCAGGCUGAACAUAAAUGCGCCGUCAAUUUUGUUUAUCAUUUUUUACGCCUCCAUGCUUCCGCUGGUAACCCCGUUUAACGUCACAUUGCUAUGAAUUGUGGGUAAUUCCCUCUGGCAAAGUCUGCAGAAAUGCGGAUUUACGGAAAGUGUGAGAGAGACUCAAAGUCUGUGAGUACGUGAGUGUGGAGAUUGGGAUUGGACCAGAGCAACAUUACUUAUAAUGUGGAGCCAUGUAUGUGGUCACCUCAUGGUGCUGAGCGGGAAGUGUACGGUGGCUUUUUAGAGGUUUUUCUCUGAAAACGGCUGCCUGCCUGUGCUAGAAGCGACACUAUGACAACCUGAGAGCAAACCAAGUCUGUGAAGUUGUUGGCCCAAAAUAACUGCAUUUGGGUAAUAAUUAUCAGUGGGUUUCAUCACAACAAGCAAUCCAGUCAUGUGACCCUUUGAAAAUCUCCAUUAUUGUAGCUUUAAACGUUAUCCUCAAAGUGCCACAAUGACACAAGUUCACUUGGAGCCUCACUACAAACUCUGACUAGCUGUGGACAAGACAUGCUCACAUUAUAAUGCAAGAGAAAUAUGGACAUUUUGUGUGGAAUCUUGUGCAGUUGAAGAAUUUUUGGAGCCAUUCGAGGCACUAAUGGACACAGGUCUCAGCCAUGGAGGUCCGCUUGUAUGUAUGCGUCCAUCAAUGAAUCUUCUCAGUCUCAAAACAAAUACUGUGACAUUUGUCCCUGUGAUUUCUGCCUCCACCCAAAUACAAUGGAGGAGCAUUGGAAUGGACAAGUUAAUAAUUUAAUAACAAUUUCAGUGGGACUCUCUCUUUGCUAGAAAGAAAUUCCAAUGAAAAAGGUUGACAGUGAGGGCUGUAGACUAUCUGGAGUAACCAGGACAACGUGACCGAAAAUACACCACUUUUUCUUUAAAUGUAAAUUUCCAAUACAGUGAGCACCACAAAUAAGAUUCUAUUUACCUCCAUUGUAUUCAGGUGGAGGAAGAAAUUUUACAACCAGGAUGAAUCCAACUGAAACUAUCUGCAUAUAUAUAUAUAGAUACCAGAGGGAAGCAAGGGAAUGUGCUUUCAAUGCCCUUUAGAACAGAAUAGGUGUUUACCUCCAGGUCUUAGUAAACACCCAGGUGCUAAUGUGCCAUAUGACUGAGCAUGUCUUCAUCACAGGAUGACUUCCACAAGUCCACCACAUUUUGACUGACAGUCUGUUUGUACAUGGAUCCAUAUAUAUGUAUGUAUACACUGUAUACAUACUGCAUUGAAAACAAUGAUUUAUUGGCUUCAUAAGGACUAUUUUUCCAAUGCACAUCUUCAUUUUAGCCCAAUGAGGCAUCAUCAUUUACAAUGUGCAUGCUUUGGUUUUUGUUCUUCUACCUGUUUUGUUUCUUCUCAAGUCUGUCUUCAAAAGUUUGGAGACAAAAAGUUUGGAGACAAAAUGAAGUUCAGCUAUCUUGGUCUAAAAGGUUACAUUUGCCCUUGGAACACCAAACUUUAAAAAUAAUCUGUGAUUACUUUUUUUUAAUCUCGGUUGGUUUAUCCAGAAAACUAACUGGUUUUCUGGAAGUCCCAGCUAUGAGGCAGCUGCAAUGAGGAUAUUCCUGUUAGACAACCUGGGUGGAAUUUGAAUAGUACAGAGGAACCGCCUGACGCUGAUUGGUCGAGAAGGACAUAUUUCCAGCGCGCCAGUGUGCCACUCAAAAGAUCCCAGGCAUCUGAUUGGCUCUUCCUGAAGAGGGCGGGCCCUCUGUCUUGACUAUAUAUGUGUUCUGGUUUCAGGCCAUCUGCAAAUAAUUGCUUGCUUUCAGAGAGAGGCGGAACAUUGUGUCAAAUGUUUCUCCACAGAGCUGACUUAAAGCUUUCUCCUCGAACAAAACGAGUCCCGUUGAGAUAGCUGAGAGUCGGGUUUCGUCUCCCGGAGAGGAGCUGGAGGUGGACUGGGGAAAUAUCAUAAUGAUCAACACCAUGGAAUGCGCAGUGGACGCGCAAAGUCUGAUCUCCAUUUCCCUAAUGAAGAUCCACAACUCCAGGACGCAGAGAGGGGGCAUCAAGCUGCACAAAAACCUGCUGGUGUCCUAUGUGCUGAGGAAUGCCAGGCAGGUCUACAUCAAGGAGAAAUACGCGGAGAUCUAUAGGAUGCAGCAGUACGAGGAGGUGAUGACUGUCUGCAACGAGAUCCAGGAGCUCAACCCGCUGGAUCUGAACUCAGAGGACGCCGACGAUGAGGAGCAGGCGCGGGCAUCUUGCUGCGGAGAAGAGGCGAGUCUGUGCGGCUCUGCGUGCCACCGAGGCGCGGUGCAGCCAGCUGCGCACGCCCGGACAGCGAGCGCUCUUUUCGGCUGCUCAUCCCUCGAGGACGGGAGCCGGGAACCGGAUCCCUCCUACUACCGGAGCUGCUGCAUGGAGGCUUCCCCUGUGUCCCACUGUGACCAGCUUCCCGCAAGCAGCAGCACGCACUGCAACAAGACCACGGUGCUGGAUUUGGACACUCAUGUGGUGACCACCGUGGAGAACGGCUACCUCCACCAGGACUGCUGCUGUGAUGCGCUCCAGUUCGGCCAGGGCGCGCAGUCCUCGGCCAAGAAGCGGAAGGUUGAGUUCAGCUGUUGUAUAUCCGACGUUGAGGAAGUAUCGGACUUUACAGCUGCUCGCAAACGGGCGAAACGCGAGGACUGUUCCUACUCCAACCUAGACUACACGGACACGUCCAACAUCUCCAACCUGAUUUCCAUCUUCGGCUCGGGGUUUUCAGGGCUGCUGAGCAGACAGGCGGACUUGGAACAGAUCUGUAGCAACCAGGUCCUGGCCAGUCUGGGGGCAUGGACCCGAGCGAUUGUGGCAUUUUGAAUCAAACCCUUUAUUUUAGGAGACACCGGGGUCAGUUAUAACAUGUUAUAACAUUCAACUAAACGCAGAGGAGAUUGUUGGGGAAUGCCUGACUAAACUCAGGAGAGUGUUCCUGAUAACAAAGUGUCGUUCCCAUGUUCUGCAGGACGUUUACAACAUGUUCUCAUGUGAACAUGUCGCCUGUGCAACUUCAGCAAAUGUUCUGUGUUUUUGAAAUGACUACGCAAGACUUAGUGAACGUUCCCUGAGUAACGUGUCCAUGACGGAACGCUUACUACAACCUCCCGGGGAUGUUCUUUGAACAAGUUUUUGGAACGUUACAGAAUAUAAAAGGAACGAUGGGGGGAACGUUGGCAGUUCACUGGGAGAACUCCCAGUUCACUGUCCUCUGUAUGUGCCACAGUCCGAGUGUUGCAGCAGAACGUGUACUUGGUGAAAUCAGUGUUAUCUCAGAAGCUGUGCAGUGUUACGCACAAAGUGUCAUGUGUGAGGUCAGUUCACCAUCAGCAGCCUGGUCAGUAGCACAUUUAACUGUCCCGUAAUGGUCACUUGUUUGGUAAUUGAUUAUUCAUAAACUUAUAACACUCAAAGUGUCAAAACAUCACAAUUGGCCAAACUGACCUAUAACUGACAUGAUUGUUCAUUAUAUGUAAAACACUGACAAGGAAUUUAGAACCUUUACCUCUGAGCAUUGGACGGCAUUUUACAUACUUGUAAUAAAAAGACAAGUGUCAAGAAUUAUACCUCACAUAUUAACAUAUGCCAGUGUGGUUGAUUGUUGUACGUGUGACAUCACCCACACCUGUUUCUGAUUGGAGGAUAUGGAGGCGUUACAACUGAACCGGUCUCCUCUACAAGCUCUAAAUCAACUUUAUUUUUGCAGGAAAAAGAAAAGCUAUUUAAAAAGUGAGCAUUUAAAAGAGAAGGGAGAUGAGAGAGUUUGUGUCACACAGUGAGCCGUGUACAGGUGCUCCUGUUGUCAGAAUAGGAGAAACAUGUCAGUGCAGAUGACACUUCUGUGACUAAUGAAAUGGAUUGACUUCCGUUGCCUUAAAUGAAAUGCACACCACUGCUAACUAUUGUAACAAACAGAAAGUGACGGGAUGUCUCUCCUGUUCUGGGCCGAGGAGCCUUUUGGAAAAACCGAUUGUUGUCAUGUGAAAGGAGACUCCCUCCUAAACACUUUGAGGUACACAGACUCUCAACCAACUCACAUCACUUAAUGGCGCUCCAACACUUUGGUGCUGGAACACUCUCCCAGUGUGAGAUAGUGAACAGUGAUGGUUGGUUUCCCACCUCCUCUUAAUCAUGGUUGCUCAAAGCCUUCACAGUAAUUCAUAAUUCCAACAUGUCUUGGUUUUGUGAGUUUUACUUUGUUUUGUGAAAUAAUUAUGUUAGUCCUUUUGUUUUAAAAAGGCAAACUCUUGAUUUCGCCAUAACCUGAGAAUCCACACAUUAGCUUCAUGAGCACUAUGUGUACCAAAAUAAAGAGAGUAUUCAGCCAUUCUCUACAUAUUUUGUUGUUAUUCUUGUAUAUUUGUGCUUACUAAAUUGUAUAUCACCGGAUAAAACUGUUGCAGAAAAUAUUUGUUAAAAAUGUAUAAUCUUAAUAAAAAAUGAAAACCGUAAAUGUGGCUG